AUGAAGCCAACUCUCUACUUAGGGUUCGUGGCUCUCGGUAGUGCCGUUGCACUUCCUUUGGACACCACACCAUCAGACUGUAGCUGCUUGGCGGACGCGGUGUCUACCCUGAGUGCUGACCCUCUGGCUUCUGCCUUUUGCUCUCAGUUUGUUGGUGUCUCGACCGUCGUAGUGUCGACUACGAUCACAACUCCUGCAGCAACCACCGUGAUUGUCAAGACUGUACCAGCUCCAUUCACCAUCACGGAAACCUUUGUAGAUUUUGAGAGCACUAGUACGACUAUCACCGAAACUUACGACAUUUCCUAUGUUUCAACUUCUACUGUCACCGUCACCUCUCCCACAACGGAAUGCUACUCCGGUACCACCUUUGGCAACGCGGCUAGCCCAGCAAAAGCAACUACUGCAGCCGGCAAUAUCGUCAAGAAAGCACUUUUACCAACUAUUACCCUUCCUACAAUCUCUCUGCCCACAUUCCCAGUUCCCAUUCCCACGCCAACAUGGGUGCCUUCUCUAGAAGACUCAUUGUUAUCUUCAGCCUGCGAAUGUUUCCUUGGCCCGUCUCUUACUGUCACCGAAACUUCAACCGACUGGGUGGCAUCUGGUACAGUCACUGCCACUCUCGACGUGACGACAGUCCCUGUCACUUCAACAGUCAUCACCCUCAUCACAACUUCGACCGCUUUCGUGGUCACUACCGAGUCUACAGCAACAUCAACUGUGACUACUACCACUACCUCUUACACUCCUGUGCCAACCAAUACCCAACUCGGCCUGAACUGGUACUACUACUACAGCUCACAGAAUUACUUCCCUGGGCACGCAAUCACAUUUGAUCCCCAAACAUUCAAGAGCCCCAACUACAACUUCAGCGGCUAUGUCGAGAACGUUGCUUCAUUCCAAACCGUGGCGUACUCCACGUCGAACUCAGAUACAACUUGCAAUUUACCAGCCAAUGAGCCCUGCGAGUUCGUUUGUAUUGUCAUCCAAGGAUAUCUCUGGGCAAAGAACGGGCCAGGAAACUAUACCCUAUCCUCCAGCGCGGCCACUGACAAUGCUUUCUUUGCGUGGCACGGAACCAAGGCAUACAGUAACUACCAGAAUUCCAACUAUGACUACCUUGCCGGUGAUUACAUCCCUCAAGCUGGUUCUGUAACUGUCAGCGUUGGGGUUGGAGAGCUGGUGCCGUUUACUUUCAUGUGGGCAAACGGUGGCGGGCCAGGAGAAGCCCUGCUUACAAUUACUGAUCCUGCUGGUAACCAGUAUGCAGAUACUACUGGCUUCUUUGUACCGGCGAAUAGCACCUGUCCUGGGUUCUCACAUUCAGAUGCAUGGUUUCCUACAAUAUCCCUACCAAAUAUGAUUGAAAGUCGUGAUGAGGAGAGAGGCAUUUACAUCGCUCCUUCCCUGACUGAUGACGAAAUUCCAGAUGAGGAUCAUGACAACACACUGACUCAUAUACUCAAUGUCGAAUCCAACGACCAAGAAGACAACGGCACAAGCUUCCGUAUGCCGGUCUGGCUACGAGAGUCAUCACCUACUUUCCAAUGGCGCUGGAUCCCUUUGCCGUUACGGAGAGCUGGUAGGGCCACAGCACGCUGGGUGAAGGGUCCGGAUCCACCUCAUGAUUUGCUGUUUCAGCCGCUGUUUCCAAAGUUUCAGGAGAUGCCAGUGAUUUUUCUGGAGAGAUAUGCUCCUAGAAAGUCUCAUAAAGCGGGUUUACUGCUUUUUGUAUAUUUUAUGUGGCUGUUGCCAUGGUUUUCAAUCAUUCUCAAGGCCAAUACAUCUGGCAAUAUCGAGGGCUUUGGACGUCCGCAGGUUAUAUCAUGUGUGACAAGCUUUUGGUCACCUGGGAACAACUGUGGUCUGAAUGGAAAUGACUGUCGGCCUUUUGACGCCUCUCAUCUCGCGUUCCGUUGUCCGGCUAACUGCAAAUCGGUUAUCCUGCAACAGGAAAGAACCGUUGGCAACGAAACCCUCAAUUACCAAUCCCUCGUUGUUGGUGGUCCAGAACCCGAAUCCUCUGAGCCUGGCAUCUAUCGAGCUGAUAGCUUUAUUUGCCAAGCUGCAAUCCAUGCAGGUGUCGUCAGCGAUGCAAGCGGUGGUUGCGGCGUGCUGAAACUGAAUGGCGCAGCACACUCAUUCACAUCAUCUGAUCGAAACGGAAUUCUUUCAACGGGAUUUCCGUCGACAUUUCCAAAGUCAUUUCACUUUCUCCCACUCAGGGACUCACAAGCCACCUGUCCUGCUGACCCAAGAUGGCCAUUGCUCGGCAUCACUGUUGCUGCCGUCGCUCUAAUCAGUAUCUUUACAGUGUCACCUGGAGUAUUCUUCUUCAGCACUUUUGGGUUACUCAUUCUUCAUGUUGGAGUGGUCUCUGAUCCUCCAUACUUCCCCUCUCUUACAGAACUCUUUUCUAUAUUGCUGUCACGCCUGGUGCCGGCAUCCUUUAUAGCAUACGUUCUCUACCUUUAUGCUGCUCGACCACUUUUGCAGCGAGUAUCACACCCAGUAUAUCAAAUUGAAAAGACAAUUUUGUACUUGACUCCUGCAUUUAUUGGUGCCUUGAACAAUUACACAUUCGCUCUCUGGAUACCCCUCCAGCGUCUGACACCGCACGACUUGGCAAACCAGCCCGGUGCAAAAGCUGCACUUGCAACGGUUGUUUCUAUCAUUAUCAUUAUUGUUCUGAGUCAAGCGUGGCUCAUCCGCCAAGCAGGUUUGAUGCCUCGCUAUUUGAAGGUAUACCUAUCCUUCGUGGCAGGCCUUCUCUUUUUACUAGCACUACCAGGCCUCCGCCUUCGAAUCCAUCACUACAUCCUUGCAAUGUUGCUCAUGCCCGGGACUGUAAUCCCAACCCGUAUGUCUUUUAUUUACCAAGGCUUGCUUCUGGGUCUUUUUGUGAACGGGGUUGCGCGAUGGGGAUUUGCUUCUAUCGUCGAAACCCCUGCAGCUUUGGGUGAGGAUCCCACCGGUCCGGGUGGAUGGUGGGGUGCUUCGUAUCCGAAUAUCACCAAUGCAUCUGUAUCGAUCCAUCUGGACAAUCCGUCCCUGAUGCAUCCACUCUACAAUGCUGUAACGGACGAUGAAUAUGCUUAUCGCGGAAAUGGGAAUAUUACAUUUCAGCUUUGGGAGCGGCAACGUAUGGAGAGUCUCGGUGUUGAUGGUAUCAGUGUUCUAUUGAAUGACGUCGAGCGCUGGAGGGGAUAUUUAGAUGAAGAUCGAAAGGGGAAGUUCACAUGGCGUCGACAGGGACACCACGGCUUGGAGCUCGUCAACUACAACAAUGGGGACCUUGAUCUACUUGCCAUUGAUGGUGAGAGUGAUAUUGACGAUGAAAACCUAUCUUUCGCAGCGCUCAAUAAUGACAUUGAUGGAAGAUCCACGAUUGAGCAAGGCAGAGACGAAGAUGAAGACGAACCCCAAGACCUUUUCUUCCGUUUUGCUUUUUUGAAAGGCUCCGAAGCUGGACAUUAUGGCGGGGCUGGUGUUUGGCUUCGAGACGGAAGAUGGAUUGACCCUCCGCCACAACAGAAGCGAGAUCCAUGA